AUGUCCAGACGAGACAGCCUCAGGGCCAACACUGGUCACGUAGCUUAUUGCGAGGAUGCAGACGAAACUGGUGAAGCAAUCGAGGGCACCGAGACGUACGCCGCUUCUGUUGUGCACAGCCCAACGAAAGAGAGACCAAAUACCCGAAAGACGCGGAAGGGAGGCUCGGCAUCCCCUCCCCAUGGAUAUGACGACUCGGACUCGACCGCACAUCCCCGCCGCUCGAGGAGAGAGUCAAUGACGAGGCCGCGAGACAAGGAGAAGGAGAGGGCGGCGACCUCCAACAGCAAGAAGACGGUGACGGCUCGCCCCCCGAACAGGCACUCCAAAACCACGCCCGUACCAGUCAUCGACAGCUCCAGGCGAGCACGAGAUGACCCCUACUACUUUGGAGUUGAGACAGGCGCCAUCACCACGCCUGCUUCGUCCCGUCCUAGGGCGUAUACGUCCAGCCAGAGGCCCGCCAGCUACUAUGGACCAACCUCCCGGCCGCCACUAACUUACAACAAGUACUUUCAACCCCCACCGCCAUCGGCUGUGCCGCCGACGUCUUUCCCGCCCCCAUCGUGGGCGGCAGCUGGCCCCGUCAGCUACCCUAUGCCUCCACCGCCGCCCCCGAUGACGGGCCACCCGCCCGAGUACUUCGUUCCCCGUUCGCACAACUCGCUCAGCUCGCGUUUUCAGCUCAACCGGCCUCAGUCGGCCAUGUCUCACCGCCCUCCGGCCAGCAUCGGCUACCCUGAUGACUAUGAGCAAGAAAAUGAGAGAGGCGGGCUCGUAAGACGAGGAUCGACUCGAAAGGCGAGGGAGGAAGAGGAUCGCGCCCGGAUGCCGCCACCUCCCCGGCCCAUGUCGGCUCGUCCCUUGUCGAUUCGGCCAUCUCCAUUCGCCCCACCCUCUUACGGAUCUCGCCCAAGGCAUAUUGCCCACUUUGAUGACGAAGAGUUCGAUGGAGAGCCCGAUCUUUACCAGGAUGUUCCUCCGUUGGCCGCUUCGGUCUACGGCUCUCGCCAACGGCCCAGUCUUGGCAACCCGGCCGUCUCCUACGAAGUUGGAUCUUACUCAACAGAAGUGGCAGCUUCUGGCGGCAGCCGCAGGAAUUCCUACUACAACCGGCGUUCGUUGUCCUCGGGCAGCGGGUUGGAAGAGAAGCUCAGGGAGGCCGCUGCUUACCAGGAUGAUGUCAGUGGGGGCCCUUCCCUACCCUUGACGGCGGAGUCAUUACGCCAAGCUGGCAAGGCAAGCGCACACAGCCGAUCCACCAGGAGUUCGGGCAGCCACGAGGAGAGCGACUGGCGUCAGUCUGCCACGACACGGACGACAAGGUCCAGCAAUGAUGAAGACGUGACCAUCCGCGUCAAGGGAUCCGCCGUACUCAAGGUCGGCGGCGCCGAGAUGCAAUGCCAGGAUGGCGCCGAGAUCAACAUCAGCUCGCGAGACAGGCCCUCGGUCCGUGGUGGCAGCAGUGACAAGUCGAGCUACAUCGACAUUGAUGACCGGCGCACCAGGUUCGAGCGGCCAGCCAUCAAGGCUCCUCGCUCGUCUUCGCAGGCAGGUUCCUACGGUCGCACGGCACCCAUGCCCAUGUAUGACCCCUAUGGGUAUCAUUACGAGUACGCUCCGCGACAUGCACCCCCAGAGAACUGGCUCUAG